AUGGGACAAAAUAAUUCUACACCUAACAAUAUAAAUGACUCGACCACUAUAAACAUUAAAAGAAGAAGAAGAGUUAAAGAAAACAAAAAUGCAUCUAAACCUCCUAUUGUAUAUCCUCUUAUGAAAUGUAAAUUAAGAGACCUUAAAUUACAGAAGCAAUUGUCUUAUCUUCAAUUAGAAGAUAACUUGUUAAAUUUAGCAGAAGUUAAACCUUCCGAAUUUGGAUCACAAAAAAUGCUUGUAGAUCAAAUUAGAGGAAAUCCUCUAAGUAUUGGUACACUUGAAGAAUUUGUAGAUGAUAAUCAUGCCAUUGUAAGUACAGGGUUAAAUCCAGAGUAUUAUGUGUCUAUCUAUUCAUUUGUAGAUAAAGAUUUAUUAGAACCUGGUUGUACUGUCUUAUUAAAUUACAAAGAUAAUAGUGUUGUAGGUGUUUUAGAAGCAGAAACAGAUCCUAUGGUUAGUGUUAUGAAACUAGAAAAGGCACCCACUGAGACAUAUGCAGAUAUUGGAGGACUAGAGGCACAAAUACAAGAAAUCAAAGAAAGUGUUGAAUUUCCACUUACUAAUCCAGAAAUAUAUUUAGAGAUGGGGAUAAAACCUCCUAAAGGUGUUAUAUUGUACGGAUUACCAGGGACUGGUAAGACGCUUUUAGCUAAAGCUGUGGCAAAUCAAACAUCUGCUACAUUUUUACGAAUUGUAGGAUCUGAAUUGAUACAAAAAUAUCUUGGGGAUGGCCCCAAGCUAGUCAGAGAACUUUUUAAGGUUGCAGAGAUGCAUGCUCCUAGUAUUAUUUUUAUUGAUGAGAUAGAUGCGAUAGGUAGAAAAAGAUAUGAUUCAUCUUCUGGAGCACAGCGUGAGAUUCAAAGGACUAUGUUAGAAUUGUUAAAUCAGUUAGAUGGAUUUGAUACAAGAGAUGAUAUUAAAGUGAUUAUGGCUACUAAUAAAAUUGAAGUGUUAGAUCCUGCACUUAUCCGACCAGGCAGAAUUGACAGAAAAAUAGAAUUUGGGAUGCCUGAUGCAGCUACAAAAAAGAAGAUAUUUAGUAUUCACACGAGUAAAAUGACUUUAGAUAAAAAUGUUAAUUUAGAUGAAUUAGUGACUAGUAAAGAGGAUCUUAAUGGUGCCGAUAUAAAGGCUAUUUGUACAGAGGCAGGUAUGAUAGCAUUAAGAGAGAGAAGGAAACAUGUAUGUAAAGAAGAUUUUGUAAAGGCAAGAGAGAAAGUAUUUUAUACCAAGCAGAACAGCCUUCCUACUGGAUUGUAUUCGUAA